UUCCGCUCACACAGAGGAAAGAGACAAGAGCCUUUUCCAGAGAUGACGUGGAUGGAAUAUCUGCAUGUUCACACUACCUCACUGGAUAGAGCACGAGGCGGCCACGCGCCCGGACAUCUGCCCCAAUCUCAUCCCUCCACGUGUAUCCAAUCCAACGGCCGAAACUCCCCCACAGCCGCUAUAUAAACGACUGCCACACGCCCAUCAUCACACAUCAUCAGCCCUCGCCGCCAGCAAAACAAAACAAAUAUCCCGAAAACACCCUUCAGGUUUCCCAGAUCCAAAAGCAAUGGCGUCAAGGGCAGUUUCGUCAUUCCCGCCGCCGUUUUCUGUGAGAUUCCGGCAGAGGAAGGUGGUGGUGGCGGCGGCAGAGGCGUUGACGGGAGUGUUGUUCCAGCCGUUCGAGGAGGUGAAGAAGGCAGAUCUGGCCGUUCCCAUCACUCCUCACGUCUCCCUCUCUCGCCAGGGCUAUGCCAACGCUUCCGAAGCCGCUGUCAAUGAACAGAUCAACGUGGAAUACAAUGUAUCGUAUGUGUACCACUCCAUGUACGCGUAUUUCGACAGGGACAACGUCGCUCUGAAGGGCCUCGCCAAGUUUUUCAAGGAGGCGAGCGAUGAAGAAAGGGAGCACGCAGAGAAGCUUAUGGAGUAUCAGAACAAGAGAGGCGGGAGGGUGAAGCUCCACCCAAUCGUGUCGCCUGUUUCGGAGUUUGAGCAUUCCGAGAAAGGCGAUGCCUUAUAUGCCAUGGAGUUGGCUCUAUCCCUGGAGAAACUUACCAAUGAGAAGCUCCUGAACGUCCACAGUGUGGCAACAGAGAACGAUGAUCCCCAGCUGGCCGACUUCAUUGAGAGCGAGUUUCUUGGAGAACAGGUAGAAGCCAUCAAGAAGAUCUCGGAUUACAUCACCCAGCUCAGGAUGGUCGGCAAAGGCCACGGAGUUUGGCACUUCGACCAAAGGCUUCUGGCCUAGGCUCUGCUUGAACCGAACCUCCACAGCUUUUGGGUUCUGCCAUUGUAGUAGUGUGCUCUCUCUGCUUUUAGAUUGAAGUUUGUAAGAUUUUAAUGGAAGCUAUGGUGCAUGGAGUUAUAACAAUAAGAGUGUGAGAUUGGUUUUUCAUUCCUGCAACUGUUGUUGGUCCCUGAGAGCAUAAUUUUUCUAAUGGAUAUGAAGGGAUUGUGAGCUGCUUACUGUUGUUACGAAUGGCGUAUCACAUAUCAAUCAACAAAACUAAGCAUUUGGGUC